UCAGCUGUUUGAGAGUUAAUUGAAGUUAUAUUUUUGCACAGCAUUUUUGUUUCUCGAAUACAUUUUGAGUUUAGUAAUUUAUUGUUUUUAUAUCGAUGGCAUUUAUUUAAUUUUGUGUUACCAAGCUGAUAAGUUUCAAUCAUUUGUGUAGUUAUAGUGAAAUUCUUAAGUGCUACAAAUGAAUGCUAUUAUUGCGUUGUGCCAUUUCUGUGAAACUCAUGGUCCCGGAGCGGUGUUCUGCACGCAAACCCUUCGCGAAACCAACAUCCAGCUGCUGGACAUCCACUUCGAUAGCGAGAAAAAAGGAUGCGCAGCCUGCAACUCCGUCGGCAACAGCAUCGGUCUGGUCAGCAAGGACCCGGACAGCAAUGCCCACUUCGUAAGCAGCCAAAUCCCGGUCAUCAACGAAACGAUCGAACUGGUAAGGAAAGCUGCCUUCCGAAGUAUUAGCAGCGAGGUCAGUUCCGGCGGCGAAGGGGGAGGCGGAUUGGUGUUCUUCGGGGAUGCCCAUCGGGGCCACGUGCUGAGUCAUAGCUUCCACCUGAUGGAUUCGGAAGCCCGUGGAUUUACCAAGCUGUUUUCGAUCGUGAUUCUGAUGAAGGACAAAAUGUUUCUUCUGAACAUACAACCCUUUCUGGCCGAUUGCUUGAAUAAAAUAUCUAAAGAAUUGCAAGGAUACGCCAAGACGGUCCAUGACGAGGACCUGAAAGCACAAGGAUCACAACGAGCUCAGAGAAUAACCCAAGGAUAUGCAAGCAAUCCAUCCAAAACAAGGUCGCUGGUCGAAUUAACUGGAAAGGAAUCAAUCUUUGCGUAUUUGCAUGCUCACUUUACCUUUGUCCUGUGGGCAGGGGCAAGAUAUUUAACGGAAAGUAUCACUUUGGGAAGCCCAUCCGUUCCAGCUUGGUUGGGGCGGGAUACCGAGGAAGGCUUCACGAUGGUUCAAACAGAAAAGGAAGGUUACCUAAUGAGACGCAUGGGCUACGGCAAGACUGAGGAUGAGAGCGAUCGUAUCGAUGAACGAUCAAAGGCCAAAUACUCGCUGAAAGCUUUCCGACAGAUACUGAAUUCGGACUUUUCCUCAGUGUGCUUCUGCGUCAUCACGGGAAUCCAGAUAGUGAUCCGGGGACCGUACGUGAAAGGGGCUUGCUUGGCGAGGAAUCUGAGAAAGAUGCUACCGGAACCGUUGCACAAACUGGUCCGAACACAGGCGGAAUCCUACAAGGCUGCCAACGAAUGCAGAAUCAUUAAUCUGAGCCAAGAUGCUGUGGCUCCGAAUCCAUCGGCUGGGAUCAUGAGAAUCGAUCUGCUGGAUGACCGGGAAACCGUAGCCGUUUGCGUCUGGGAUGGCGAUUUACCCAAAAAACUACCAACGCUGCAUCAAAAAAUCAUCAACGCUGUAGACGAAAAACUCUUCACGGAUUUGGUUCUGGACAAACAUCUCCGAGCAUUGAUUGAGGAAUGGAAAAACAAAGUGGUCUGCAUCCGGAAGAUGAGCUCCAACCAGGACGUGGCCAAGAUGAAGAAAAUCCUGGGCAUCCAGCAGCACGACCAGGUGCUGCUCAACUACUGGCUCAGUCACUUAUGACGCACUUGUUCCGAUUUCAUGGAAUAUUUUUUCGUAUAUUUUCACUUAAAUACACAAAACAAUAGCAGGAAAGAUGUUGUUUCCUUGAGAACUGACGAUUGUGAAACUCCUUUUCCAUCUCCUCUUAGUUCUUGAAACCACAGCUGCUGCGGCGACCACGAGCCUUCUCGUAUUUGCGUCCCUUCGACUGAACAUAGGGCCGGGUGUUGGAGUGUGGCACACCAGGGGCACGUCCGAAGUGGGUGAAUGCUUCGCGA